GUUUUUUUUCCAAUGCUAUCUCUUCCCUUUCCUUCUCUAAUCAUUUUACCAGAUUCUUCCUUAUGCUUCCCACCGCUCCACCCUUCUCAUUAUGAAGCUCCGUCUCUUGGAUAUCAAUCUAUAUCCCUUCUCUCUUUUCUUCUUGCCUCCGCCACUUCACCUCCUUCUCUACGACAAUAUCUAUCGAUCACCUCCGUCUGCUUUCGCUUCACCUCCUAUUUUCACUUUCCUUCUGAUUCCAUCUUCUGUGGUGCUUCAAAAAUAAUCAACAAACAUAUAGGUGGCACUAUGAUGGUGGUGGAGCUACCAGCAAGAGUAGACAAAACGCAGGUAGAAAUCUCAAUGUAUGUCAACUUCGAUUGGUUCUGGAAUAAGACAGACGGCUAUGGCGACGUAGCUGAUUAUUAUUCUUCUCCGUUGGUGGAGAAGGUCUACAGGGGAUCAACAUCAUGUAUUUAUAAUGCAAGGCAGUGGACCGGUCAUUUUCCCACCCAUGGUCUAUUGUCACUAGUUGUAGAGAACGUAAGAAAGCGCUAUUUGGAACAAUUGAGAAGUGGUUCCAUGGGGAAACUUGAUGAAUGUGUUUUGAGUGCACGCACAUGGAGCAUUGCUUAUUAUGUACUGAAGAUUUACUAUUUGAACUCUAAACAUCACUUUACACGAAACUAA